CUUUAAGAAACAACUAUAACAGGUAGGACACAACCUUUACGAUGAUACGACAAUGAGAAUAGCCAGUAUCGCAUCAUCAUUGUAUCGCAGAAAUUUCACAUCGUCAUUUUCUCGCACAAUGUCUUCAACAACUUGGAACCGCCUCAUCCGCUUUGUCGAUGACAACGGAAAUGAGACCUUUGGAGACCCUGUCGUUGAGAAUGACAAGGACUUUUCUGAGAAGUUAGCCAAGAAUGACCUAUGGGCUGUUGAGUACAAGGGUCAGAGUCCUGUGGCGCAACUCACCAAGGGUGACAAGGUGCAUGUCAAGGCUGUAAAGGAGCUUCUGCGACCGGCUGAUGUGCCUAUUAUCCGAUGCAUUGGCCUUAACUACAUCAAGCACAUCAAGGAAGGUGGUCGAACACCGCCGCCUUAUCCCUCAUUGUUCAUCAAGCCCUCAACCUCCAUUGCUGGCUUCAAUGAGGAUGUUCCCAUUCCUAAGAUCGCCCAAGAUGGCACAAUAGACUACGAGGGAGAGUUGGGCAUUGUGAUUGGCAAGUCUGGCAAGAACAUCACUAAAGAAGACGCUCUCUCCUACGUAGCAGGCUACGUCGUCUCCAACGACGUCUCCGCUCGAGCAUGGCAACGAGACCCCAAGAAGGCCGGCGGUGUUCCCCAGUGGUGCUUCAGCAAGGGUUUCGACAAGUUCGCCCCCAUUGGGCCUCUUCUCGUCUCUCCUGCUGUUGUUGGCAACGCUUCCAAGCUGCACUUGAGAACAACUGUCAACGGUGAGGAGAGACAAAGCGAGGGUACGAAUGAUCUUCUUUUCGGGGUUGAGGAAAUUGUCAGCUUCAUCAGCCAAGGCACAACACUUGAGGCUGGAACUGUUGUUCUCACAGGAACACCGUGUGGCGUCGCCAUGGGAAUGAAGGAGCCUAAGUAUCUUAAUGACGGUGAUGUUGUGGAGGUUAGCAUCACCGAGUUGGGAAGUGUCAAGAACAAGAUGGUGUUCGAGUAAUAGGUAGAUUAAAACAUGGUAUUUGGGUAAUAGACAUAGAAGCAACUUUUCCAUUGUGUUAUUCGUUCAAAAGCUCCCAAACUCCUUGGAUAUCGUUCAGCCAUGACAUAUCAUUUACAUCCAAAUUGAAAGCCGC